AUGUUGGAUUUUGUUGAAUGUAUUGCCAAAGAGGCUGGGUCUCUUAUCCUAGAUGCUUUCGAUAAACCACCGUCCUUCCACGAGAAAGUUUCCUACGCUGAUCUAGUAACCGAUACUGAUCAACAGGUUGAGGAGUUGAUUAAGACCAAUAUUCAUAAAAAAUAUCCCUCGCAUAAAAUCAUAGCAGAAGAAAGUGCUUCUGGGCGAUCAACAUUAACAUCCGAACCUACAUGGAUUAUUGAUCCUAUAGAUGGAACGUCCAAUUUCGUUAGCAAAUUCCCAUUUUGUGCUGUGAGCAUUGGGUACUUUAAAGAUAAGCAAGCCCAGUGUGCCGUUGUUUUCAACCCAAUUUCCAACCAUAUGUUCUUAGCGGAACGUGGCAAAGGAGCUUUCAUGAAUGGGAAGAAAUUAAGUGUUUCUCCAUGCAUCGAUUUGCAUAAUGCCCUUAUUUUAACCGAUUGGGGUGGUGAUAGAAAUGCCGCAAACUUAGAUACCAAGGCUGCUAAUAUUCGUCGUCUUAUUUCUGAAGCUCGAGGAUCAACCAUUCGGCGUUUAACUUGUGUCCAUGGCGAGAAGUGA